UAAUCGUGCAACAAAUAAAGAAACGAGACCAAGCCAAAUAAAUUAACAAUCUCAAAAGGCAGAAAAUACGCAACGACAGUGGAGCAAACAAAAAUAAAAUAUAAUAUUAUCCGUAAAGAGCAAACUUUAGCACAACAUCGCGAUGCACAGGACGCAACUGGCAGCGGCGUCGAGCUGGUGGCAAGCGAUGCUAACACCCUGUUCCUGGGUCCCUUCCUGCCAUGCUUGCCAGUUGCGAAUGGAUUGAGGCAAGCACAUCUGCACAACCACAAUACACACAGACACACAAAAAUACACGCAUGCAUUUGCACAGAAACAGAUACAGAUACUGAUACAUAUAUGUAGCUAUAUGCUGGAUAGAAAUGUGCAGUCAAAGAUAGAUUGUGCUCCAAUGAAAGAUAUUCGUGACUUGAUGUUGAACAUGUGCCAAGGCUUUGCUGCUGCCGCUGCUACUGCGAGAGUGACGCUCCCGUUUGAUUUUGGCCAAGUCUAAUAAAUAUCACAGCGAAAACAAUAAAUUAAGCCAAAAGAUUUUUCAACAACAUUCAAACGCUCAUCGCCUUUUGGCUCGUCAGCCAACCAGUAAGUUGCCUGUAGCAUUUUGUAAAAAUGGCCGCUCCAAUCGAUGAGAGCAUCCUUAAUGCUCUGCGGGGCGUGACCAGCGCCCACACGCGCCUCCCAAAGCCGCUACUUAUCAAAAUCUAUGUGGCUAGCCUGAAGCAGGAGUUCAAUCAGGAGCGCCGCAUGCUCCUCGAGCUGGUCGGACCAGAGCUACAAAUGCUCUACGAUGAUCGACAAAUUGAGCUGGAAAUUGUUGAUAUGCACUUUGGUACGGGCGUUUUGGAUGUGACGCUGCUGGAGCGUGAUCCUUAUAUGCUACAGGACUUUCUACACGAGAUUGACACCUGCCAUGCGCACUCAAAGAGCGUCUUCUUUUUGGCAUUAAUUGGCGAUGGAAUUGGGCGUCCCCCGCUACCCACACACAUUGAUGAGGACAUCUACGCAGCCCUGCUGGCCGAGCGGCCAACUUUGACGACCAAUGAGGUGGAGCUGGUUGAGCGUUGGUAUGACAAGGCCGAGCAUGAAACACAGCGUGUGCUCAAACCGGACUAUCGCUCGCUGCCCUCUGAAGAGUGGCUGACAGAAUCACGUCUGUUGAGUCAGACGCUGGAGAAAUCGUUGCAAUAUCUGGUUGCAACAACGGAUGCGGAACUAAUGCGACGCGUACAGCUGCUGCGACGUACACAAAUCGAGCUGGAAGUGCAGCGUGCAAUGGCACACUCCAGUGAGAAGAUACUGGCCGUGUUCCGGGAGCGCGCUGCCCAAAGCAGCGGACGCGACGUGGAGGCCAGCGAGCGGUUGCGCAAAAUCAAAGAUGAGCUGACCAUGAACCUAUCAACAGAUAAUCACACGACACUCGUUGUGCCUGGGAGCGCCAGCAGCGAGUCCAUUGAUCCGGACAACGAGGACCACGAGGCGUAUUUAAGUAAAUUCAAGAACAAAGUCACCGACAAGCUGCGUCUGCUAAUCGAGGCGCAUAUUACAAAUGAUCCCGAUGUAAUCAAGGGGAGGAAAAAGACUGUGCAGGAAAUCUUUCACGAACAUGCCACACAUUUGCGGAUAAUGCGCGAGCAUUCGGAGCGUGUGGUGCUUUUGAAGUCGCAGGUGCCACAGCAGUUGCGUCAGAAUCUAAUGACCAAUUUUAAGAAUGGUAGCCGGCAUGCACCGUACUUUAUCCGUGGUGCACAUGGGAGUGGCAAGAGUGCGCUGAUUAGCACUCUGUAUGGCCAGGUGGCAAGUUGGUUCACCUCGACGCGUGUGCAUCGUGUGAUACGCUUUGCGAAGGCCUCGCCGCGUUCCGCGUACAAUUUGGAACUGUUGCGUGUGAUUUGCCAACAGAUUUCGAUAAUAUUCAAUAUACCCGAGGGCUAUUUGCCUAAGGAUGCAUCGUUCGAUCCGCUUUACAUCAGCAAUUGGUUUCAGAAUCUUUUGCGCCGAAUCGAGGAUAUGAACAAUGAUGUUUUGUUUCUCUUCAUCGAUGAUCUGCAUCUGCUAAAUCCGCUGGACUGCGAUAUUGUCGCUGCACUCUCCUGGCUGCCCACCUCACUGCCAUGGAACGUGCAAAUCAUUUGCAGCUCCACAACACCCAUGGAGCAGCUCAAGUUUACGCCCAUGCAGCGGGACAGAUUCAAGUCCACAGAGUAUCAGUUUGUGUUGAGUCUGGAGGCAAAUGCAACGCACUUGCAGCGACCAUGCGCCGAUAAUGUAAGCUUCGAAGCCUACGUGGAGCAGCAAUUCGAUGAGCUGGAACAGCACUAUGGUAGACAGGCAGUGGCCAGUUUGGCUGCGUACAUCUCCUGCUCUGAGUAUGGCCUGACCGAGACGGAGCUACUAGAGCUGCUUAUGCCCACUGAUGAUCCGGAGUCGCAAAUUGACACGCACAACGGACACUUCAGUUUCGCCAGCUUCAAGAAGAUACACAAACAAAUGGAUAAUCGACUGCUGCUGCACGACAAAAUUAUGUCCGGCAAGGUGCUGAUUCAGUGGCGCCACAACUACUGUGCAACGGUGGCCAACGCUCGCUAUAUGGAUGUGGAACGCAAACGUUGUGUGCACAUGGAGCUGGCUAAUUUGUUCUUUCCGCAGGACGACGAUGAGAGCACUCUGGAGAACGAUUCGACCAGAAGUGAUACAAAGUCUGUAAUCAGUCUGAAGGAACGCGAACCGCACAAGGACAAGGAACGUGAAAAGGAUAACGUUUCGGCUGGGCGUAAAUCAUCGUCGACGCACCACAACGAUGACACGUCCACCUUCUACAAUCCAAUUGCCGCCGAUGUGUCCUACAGUAUGCGGCACGUUGAGGAGAGCUGGCAUCAUCUCAUGCGAUCCGAUGACACGACUCGCUUCAAGCAAAUCGCUGUUUGCAAUUUUGAUUUUCUACUCGCAGCGGUGCAAACGGUAUCGAUUAGCUACCUGCGCUGCCUAAUCGAGCACGUUCGCUGCUUAAUACUGGAUCGUGACAUUGAGCUCAUCUAUUAUACGAUACGCAAGUCAAGUGAUGUCCUCACCCGGGAUCCCAUGCAGCUAGGCUCACAGCUAAUCUCUUGGUUGCGUCCGAUUGGGGAGCACGACGACGAUGACAACUCGCUGCUGAGCAUGACUGUCAGAUCGGCGACUGCCUGGUGUGAUGGCUAUGCAGUGCCAUUGCUGGUGCCUCUCACUGGCUGGCUGCCUGCCCCGCUGCCGUCGCAGAUCCGCAAUAUGACAGUGUCGGGAACUGGGGUUAUACGAGCCGUUUGUUUGGCACCAUCGAGGCAGCAUCUGAUACUGGCCACUAACUCGGGCGAUGUGCAGCAGUGGCACAUCAUGAGCAACUCGCUGGAGCACACAUUUAAGGGUCACACUGCGGCAGUCACGUGCCUGUUGGUGGCGCCACAGCAGUCGCAGCUGCUGCUGACCGGUUCCGAAGAUACUAGCGUGCUUGUGUGGCACGUGGCGCUGCGCGAGAGACGAGCGCACAUUAACGCCCAUACGGGUUCUAUUACAGGCGUGGCGGCUGGCGUCAAUAACACCCUGAUCAUUAGCAGCAGCGAGGAUGCAACAAUUGCCAUUACGGACCUAGCCAGCGGCAAAUUGAUACAUCGCAUUAGCUUCCAUCGUGGCCCGGUGAGUGGAAUUAUAGUUGCUGGCGCCUGCGAUGUCCUCAUCUCGGCCAGCCAUGACAAGAACAUUUGCGUUUGGGAUCUGGAAAACUAUUCGCUCCUGAAUACCAUGCAAAUGACGAGUCCUGUGCUACGCAUCGAUAUUUCAUGGAAUUCGGUAUUCCUGCUGGCGCUCUGCGAGGAUAAUGCGCUCUAUGUGCGAACAUUGGCCACCGGCAAGGAGCUGCACACUCUCAAGGGACACAAGUCGCGGAUACGUACCAUCUCCAUUGGCAAGGACAGUCAGCGCUGUGUGGUCGGCUGCGAAGAUACACGGGCUCUCAUCUAUGACAUGCACUCCGGUAAACUGGUGCGCUCGAUGCCCCCGAAUCCGGGACCCGUUACGGCCGUUUAUGCCAUGGAGAAUGAUGAUUUUCUUAUAACGGUGGGCGGAAAUAAGAUAACAUUCUACUCGUUUCGUAACGAGGAGCUGUAUGUGAAUCCCUAUUCGAAGCAUCCGCGACGCAAGCGGAGUCUCAAGCGGCAUACUCAAGCGCAACGUUCCCCAUCCACAACGCUGCCGCCGAUCACUUGCUUUGAUCUGUCGCGUGAUUCACAGCAGCUGGCGAUUGCCUCUGGGCGCAAUGUGCACAUGAUGCGCAUCAAUACGCCGGAGUACCAGAGCACCCUGGAGGGGCACAGUUGUGUCGUCAAUUGUUUGAAGUUUGCGCCGAAUGGCGAGUUUCUUGCCACCGGUGGGGAGGAUCGUGUAGUGCAGGUAUGGAACUUGGCUCUGGGUGAGAUAAAUCAUACGUUUAAGGGACAUACAGCGCCGGUGAUGCAACUGGUGGUACUCAUGGAUUCGUUGCGCGUCAUCUCUACGGAUCGCGAAUCCAAUAUGCUCGUGUGGAUGGCCGACUCGGGCAAUGUGCUGCAAACCAUUCAAGGUCCCUACAAGAGUCUCGCUGCUACCAAUAACAUGCGCUUUGCCAUCUCCACCAAUGGCGACAAUACGCUCAAGAUUUGGUCCCUAACGCAGGAGGAUGAAAAGUAUUCCGUCUCGCAUUCGGAUGAGAUUACCUGCUUUGAGAUCAGCGCGGACAGCAUGCAUAUUAUAACGGGUUCCCGGGAUAUGUCACUCAAGGUCUGGCAAUCGAUGGGCGGCAAACUGAGCCAGGUACUUGUCGGUCAUAGUGAUGCUGUCACCUGUGUCACCGUCUCCGUGACCAAUAAAACGCAAGUCAUUUCGGGCUCAAAGGACAUGAAUUUAAUUAUUUGGGAUCUGCUCACCGGCGAGGAAGUGCACACACUUGCUGGCCAUUUGGGCGCAGUGAUUGGCGUUCAAGUGGCAGCAGAUGGCUCCACCGCUGUUUCUGGCAGCGAUGACAAGACGUUGAUUGUAUGGGAAACGAAGCGUGGAUUGGCGCUGACCUCUCUGCAGAUGCAUGUGCCUUUCACGCACUUUGAUAUCAGCCUGGAAGUGUCGCGUGUGCUCGUCCAGCUGGUGGACAGCUACAAUUUGCCCGUAAUCUGUUUGCAUAAUACGCCGGCGCAGUAUGUCAAGCUGCCCACUUAUUCUGGCCCCAGCAAGGAUGUGGAAGAUUUGCGUCCACAGGGACCAAAGCGGCAGAUGAAGCGGCUGCUCAAGAAGGAGGUCUCAUUGGACACUUACACCUGGCAGAAGAAAUAUGGACAUUUGACGUCCUCGGUGAUGAUGGCCCAGGUCGAUGAGCGCUUGAAGCGACGUUUUAGCGUCUCAGCCAGCAUGGAGGAGAUUUCGAAGAUUGCUGAAACCAAAACGGGCAGCUCACAGGCCAAUCUGGGACCGGAGCAGGCGGCUCUGGCUCAAUCCCAGCACUUUGAUCAACUGGAGGCGUUGUGGAACAAGCGUUCGCCACCUCGGCGACGUCACAAUGCGGGUCUGUCGCGACAGACGUCGCUGGUGGAGGACCGAUUGGAGUCCUCCGAUGACGAUGAGUAUCAGGAUGAGCGUGCAGACGAUUUCGACGAGUUCUUUUAGGCUCACAAAAACUGAUCUAAGCGGUGUUUUAGUUAUUCAUACAAUUAUAAUCCGCAUUACCUUCCAAAGAUACAAGCAUACCUCACUGCAAGUGCUGAAAUAUUUUGUAGAGCUCUACAUAAUAUGUAAUAAUCAUUUAUAAACCAUAUAUAAUAAGGUUGCAUAAGGCAAAUAAAUAAAUAACAACACAAAUUAUAAGCAACAACCACAAACCAAAAAUAUAUCUUAGAUUGUAAUUAGUUGUUGGCCACGCCGUCCUCACAAGUGGAAUAUAUUGCAAGCUUUGGAUUAGCUCAAGUAAGUAGUUACUAGCUACGUAUAUAACGCAUAUCUAUCUGCGUAUCUACAUACACUAUACCCACUACAGCCUAUCUAUAGAACUAUACAACUACGUAGCUUAGUUUUACACAAUGCUUCUGCAAUCUGAUUUGCCUGGAAAUGGAAUUGUAUGCAAUUCCAUACACACUUUUUCACCUGCAACUAAUUUUUUACUUAUACUAAUAAUCAAUCAGUUUCUAUUAGUUAGUUAUACUCAAUUGUAGUACUGAUCAAAAAUUAUUAAAAAUUCUUGUUAAGCAUAGCAAAAAGUUCAUUAAUUUCUUAGAUAUUUUUCCAAAAUUUCUAAAACAUAACACAAGCUAUACUUAAUAACAUUUCUAUUCCCAUGCACGCUUGCCAGAUCAUUUCGCUUCAGGAGGAGGAGGAUACCACAAAGGAUAAUCUGUAAUUGCACUCCGGCAACAUAAUUGUUAAUUAUACUAUAUGAUAAGUUAGUGUUUUAAAUGGUAAGCAAUAAUUGAGCAACUGACAUCAAUUUACACUAUCGCCACUCCCCUCAAGUGAUCUAUUAUACAUUUCUUAGCGUACUUUCUAUUGCAAAGUAAAGUGAAAAUGAAUUGAGCUUAGGUUUGUUUAGAAUAGCGCACAUAUAGCGUAUACUCGAGUAAAACUCAAACAUUCGUUUUGAAGUAAGUGUUAAAAAUAUUUAUUUUCACACUCCUCCACAUGUAGCCUGUAGUCUCUAAAAGCAAAAACCACCGUCUCAGACUUUGUAGAACUUAGCAUAUUAAGCGAGCCGUUUUGACAUUUUAAUGUUGUAGAGUGUUUUAUGUACUUACACAUAAAAAAUAACUAGACCUAUAUGUUGUUAUUAAUAUAUAUGUAUAGAGUGUAGUGAUUUUCGAUCAAAACAAAUGUGCAACCACAAAACAUUAAGGGGUUAAAAGCGUAACUAUGCUUAACAAACAAACAAAACGAAAGACACAAAGCAAAAACUUGUACUUGUCACAAAAAUGCCACAAAUGCUGAAUAGUAGCAAAAUUAAGGGUAUAAAACAAAAAUAAUUUAACUUUAAAGAGAACAUUUUACUCAACAAAAAU